ACAGCUACAGCGCUUUGCAUUGUGUUAUAUUUUGCUUUAAUAAUAGUCGAGCACUCUUUCAGAAAAGAAACUUAUGUUGAAAGUAUUUUUGAAAUCUUCUCGAAAGAGGAAUUUUUGACAUUGACUUUUUUAUAAUAUUUUUGAUUACAUUUGUGUUUUAAUAUUUCAAGCGUCAAGUGGGGUAAUCGAGAAUCGAAUAAGCUAUGUGAAAGCGUCGGUGUAUAGUGAAUUAUUUUGAUUUUUCGAACAUUAUUCGUUGCAAUCUACAUUUUACGUCCGGACUUAACUUAAGAAUUUUACAAAUAUAUUACACUUUUAUACUUAAAGGGCCUGUGGGUCUAGUUUACAUACCGGUUUCAUAUCAACAUUGAUUAAUGACGUCUCCAAAAUGGCGUCAUGUAGGGCAUUACCACACCCUACAUGUUAAAGGAAAAAGAGCGGGAGUAUGGGGGUUUUGAACAAAAACACCAGUCACGUGUUUAUUUUGCACUAAAAUUCCUUGGUAAUUCUGAAAGAGAUACUUUUCUGGGGGAAAAAGAAAAGAAAAAUCAAAGUUGUUUACCAUUUAGGUAUACUACAUAACAAAUGUGAUAUUGUGGCAGUGGUUGAUUGGAAUGGAUUUAUUGAGUUCCUUGUAUUAUUUCUAACCAUUUUGUAGAUCCGCAUUCCUGUAUUUUAAGAACUUUACAUAUAAAAGCCAUUAAAAACGAGAGACGUAAAUUUGAUUUUCCAUUAGAGGUUGCCGUGAUUGUUGUCAUUGCCCAACUCUUUUCUUGUUGCUAGCUGCAACUUGAUCCAGUGGUUCUCCAGAGAUCCAUAAAAUACUGUAUACUCAAGACUGUUUUCUAUAAUACAGGGAUGUUUGUCAGUACACUAUGGUCGGGGCCAAGAUUGUUUUCCACCCUAAUUUGCUGUUCAUUUCAAGUACAGUUCUCUCACACCGCUUGUAAGUUGUAAUUUCAUCUAUGCAAAUCAUACUUUAUUCUUCCUUUUACUAAAUCAUGUCAUAUUUUAAACACCACAUCUAACAUUGUUUACCACACAUAACUAUAGAUGAUAGAUGCGUUUAAACCUUGUUCGCCGCUGGGUAGAAGCCCAGUUGCAGGUAGUAAACAUAAAGUCAAACAUGCUUGUUUCUGCACAGAAAGCAACCACUUCAGCAUAUGACUACUGAUAUUCCUACUAUGCCGUGUACCAGUCCACAAUCACAUCUUUCUUCUAAACUUUUAUUUUCCUUGGCUAACUUUCAUGCCCUUGUGUAUGUUCCCUGCAUAUUUUCUCCCACCAAAACAGUAUUGAUGGCACACUGUAUUGAGAUGUAGACUUGACCCGGCCCUGUGAUGCACCUGAGUCCCUGCUGCUAAGGCAGUGUCCAAAUACAAGAACACAGCCAUGUACUAGCGAGUUGUGACCCUGCAUACUUUGCUUGCUCUUUUAGUAGGGUACUGGAUUCAUUCAGACAAAUGUCAUUUUUGACAUCUAUAAAUGGUAUAAGUUAGCUAAACAGAUUAUUAAAAUCAAAGAAAAUUAAAUAAAAUUCUUAAAAUGGUAUUUUUGAGUUCUCAUCAUAUGAUGAUUCUGUAAACCAGCAUUGCAAUAUUUCUAGGUGUGCAGGCCUACUGGUAGUUUACCAUUUGAACAGUUGGUUAGGUUAGCUUCAUUCAAUCCACUGUAAAAUUGUGUGAAUUGUUGGUUAGAUAAAAUUAGCAACAUUAAAAAUACUUUAUUGCAUUUUUCGGGAUUAGAAAUACUGAAAAUACAAUUUUUGAAAUUUGUUUUUUCACUGAAAAGUCAUUACUUUAGGAAAUUGCCAAUAAAUGUAUUUCCAGCAAAAAAAAAAAUGUUAGUCUGAUACUGGUAAUUUUUUUUCUUAAGAUAUAAAAACCUACAAAAUGAGUGAAGAAUUAAAAUUCAUUGUGAGUGAACUUAAUAGUUCUUUGGGGAAGAACUUCAACUUGAUUUCAUUUGAUUCAUUGAAUUCUGAACAACUCCUACAGAUUUUGACGGAUGUUUUGGCCGAAAUAGACGCAAGUAACAAAGUUGAUAUCCGCGGAGAAGAGCCAGAGCAGACGACAGUGCGAAUAUUGGAAAUGCUUCGUGUUUUAAAAUACAAGCCAAGUGCUGAAAUAUCUCCAACUACUUUCCGUCAAGGUCUGGUGCAAGCUGACAAGAGUAUCAUCCACUCCAUCUUGGAAUGGUUGUUUCGGAACAUGAAAGACUUGAAGAAGAGGGCUUACCUAGCCCAGUACCUUGUGAAAGUUGAAGUGCCGUUGGACAUCAUGGGUGAUGCUGAUGUGGCCACAUUAUAUGAACAGUACGAAGCACUUAUUGAAGAGUUUAAGACUGUGCAUAAGGAAAGCGAGGCCGUGAAGAACAGUGGCUACUCCACCACAGAGCUUCGUGUGGAUCUCGAGGAAAUGGAACGUGAGAAAGACAUUGUUCUGAAAAGAAUUGAGCGCAUGCAGAAAAAGAUAGAGUCCAUGCCGAACAAGGAGUCGAUGCUUGCGGCGGCCCACGCCCUGCGCAAGGAGCGGGACCGAGAGAAGGAGCUGGCCAAUCAGAGGCAGGAGCAGCAGGUGGCUCUGGCACACACGGAGCAGCGGGCAGUUCGGCUGCAGCAGCAGCUCAAGGACAUGAGGCGCACCGCCGUGGGAGCCACACCCGAGGCACUCUUCCAACGUUUGGAGGAGGAAACCAACGUGAGUACGUACAUCGUGAAGCAGAAGUUACCGAAGGAGAUAGAGACAAGAAAUCAAGAAGUUGAGAUUCUGGAGAAGGUGUUGGGAGAGUCAGCUAUGGGCAGAUCAGAUUUGGAUGCCCUCAAUGGCAAGCUGCAAGCAUUGAACAACGAGAUCAAUCAGCUAGUGGAACGGCAUUUAGCCACAAAGAAUCCCACAGAUGACAAGCUAGCCCCGUUCCGCCAGCAGGCUGCCAUUAUCGCUCGCAAGAAGGAGACAGUGACAGAGCAGCUGAAGGAGUUACAGUCCACAGUGAAUGCACUGGAUGAUGAGCUGGCUGAGAAGCAGGCGCGGCUGCAGGAGCUGGCCGGCGAGAGCGUGCUGAGCCAGGAGGAGUUCAAGCGCUAUGUGAACAAGCUGCGGGGCCGCAGCUGCGUGUACAAGCGGCAGCGGGCCGAGCUGCUGGCCCUCAGGGCCGAGGCAGGGGUGCUGGCCCGCACCUUGGAGGUGCUGCAGGCACGCAGCCGGGCCGCCGUCCAGGGGCUGUCGCUGAUAGAGGAGCAGCAUGGCGUGGCCGGCUACCACAGCACGGAGCAGAGGCUAGACGAGGUGUCUCAGGAGAAGGCCUCGGUGGACCAGGAGAAGGGCAAGACGCUGGAAGAGAUGACAACCCUGGUGGUGCAAAUAAACCAGCGCAUUGCCUCCAAGAAGGCAGAGCUGGCUCCCCUUAUCAAAGAGUUACGAGCUCUGAGAGAAAAGCACCAGGAGUUGAAUGAAGAGUAUCAACAAAAGAAACAUGCUUACGAUACUACAGCAGCUGGUUUAGAAUCUACCACUAGUAAACUAGAGCAGGAGGUGAAGGCCUUGCGAGGCGAGCUGAUGCGGAACGAGUCCCAGAGCCACCUGCUGGAGGCACAGUGCUUGGUACAGCAGGCCAAGCUGGACGACCUGGCGGCCGAGCUGCGCUACUACGUCAGCAGCAGCCCUGCCGACAAGAGCAGGUCCAUGAGAGAGCGGCUCGGCCAAGCCAUCAGUGAGCAGGAGCGGCUGAGCCGUCAGCUGAAGGAGGACCAGCAGCAAGUGAAGGAGGGCCAGCACAACAGAGCUCACCAGGUGAAGCUGUGGACCGACCUCAGCAUGUUACUGGAUUGCAAAAAGAAGUGCAUGGAAGAGGCUCGCAAGUCGAGUGGUAUCGUACGCAGGGAGAAGGGAACUGAAACACUGAUACUUCAGUAAAAGCAGGUCAUACACAGUGUAAAUAGCACAUGGAAUGAUUUUGUGCAAUAUAAUCCACCAGAUAACAAUGUCAUUCAGUAACAUUUCAAUUGUAUAAAUUAAAAUACACAAUGUUCAACCCAAUAAUAACUAUUGUUUAAAAUGUUCACAA